CUUUCACUUCCUUUUUCAUUCCCAGUGCCCAUUACUAAGUAGGGGCUGGCCGCCCAGCGAGGCGGGGGGAGCCCCGUGGGGGUGGGGGGCUGGAAGGUGUUUCUGUGAAAUCCGGCUACCACGCCUGCUUUGCUUUCCAGCAGAUCCUAACCAGGUGCCUCUCUCCGGGCGGGUGUCCGCUUCCCACCGCCGCCGCUGCCCAACCUGCGGCUGCGUCAGCUCAGCGACACAAGGCGGCAUCACAAUAUGCAACUUAGAGACCUCCGACUUCAGCGCCAGCCAUAAAAACUUGAUCCGGCCCCCGCGCUGCUCAGAGCCGCCCGCCGGCCCCUGGCGGAGAGGGCGCCUCGGCUGGGCUCCCUUCCACCCCCGUCGCCUGCUUCCCCCCUCGCUGUGGGCUUGCGCCGGGCUCCCCUUUCCCUGCGCCCUGUCCCGCGCGGGGGGGCUCUGCUGGGCUCCCCGGACCCCUCCCCCGUGCGCCGGGGGCUCGGCUGGUCCCCCGCUGCCGUGUGCGCGCAGCGCCUUGUUGAUCCCCUUGCCUCUCUCCCUGCCCCCCUAGCCGGCGGCUGCGCCCCCGCCCCCAGCCUCUCCUCCGGCUCGCUUCUCUCUCCCGGCUCCAGACCCCGGUUGUUGUGCGUGUGCCUUGGGGGGGGGGAUCCCCGUUUUCCAAGCAGCGCCGUGUCCGCCCCCACCCCGCCUGCUCCUCCAUGGCAGGGCACGAGUGGGACUGGUUUCAGCGGGAGGAGCUGAUCGGGCAGAUUAGCGACAUCCGAGUGCAAAACCUCCAAGUGGAGAGGGAAAACGUGCAGAAGAGAACCUUUACCAGGUGGAUAAAUCUACAUUUGGAGAAGUGCAAUCCUCCUCUGGAAGUGAAAGAUUUGUUUGUUGAUAUUCAAGAUGGGAAAAUCUUGAUGGCUUUGCUGGAGGUCCUGUCGGGGCAAAAUCUGCUUCAUGAAUAUAAGUCCUCAACCCACCGUAUUUUUCGGUUGAACAACAUAGCUAAAGCACUGAAGUUUUUGGAGGAUAGUAAUGUAAAACUGGUUAGCAUUGAUGCAGCAGAAAUAGCGGAUGGAAACUCUUCCCUGGUACUUGGACUAAUAUGGAAUAUAAUUCUGUUUUUUCAGAUUAAAGAACUGACAGGCAACCUCAAUAGGAACUCCUCCUCGUCCAGCCUGUCAUCUGGGCCCAGCGGGGCUGACUCAGACACAUCUCACCCAAGCACUCCUAAUAUAGAGAGAAGCAUGUCUGUUUCAGUGAAGGAUCAGCGAAAAGCAAUCAGAGCCCUUUUAACCUGGGUUCAAAGGAAAACCAGAAAAUAUGGUGUUGCAGUUCAAGAUUUUGCCAGCAGUUGGAGGAGUGGCCUUGCUUUCUUAGCUGUAAUAAAAGCAAUCAAUUCCAACUUGGUAGACAUGAAGCAAGCUUUGGAGAAAUCAGCCCGGGAAAACUUAGAGGAUGCUUUCAGCAUAGCACAAGAUAAACUUGGUGUUCCUAGACUUCUGGAGCCAGAAGAUAUAAUGGUUGAGUCACCUGAUGAACAAUCGAUUAUGACGUAUGUGGCACAAUUUCUGGAGCAUUUCCAAGAGAUAGAAGGGGAAGAUUUUUCGGAUCCUGAUAAGAAAAUCCCAGUUGAAGCCACAUAUGUCCAUAUCAAAGACACACCUUCAGAACAAGAGGGCAAGAUCUUGAUAUUGAAUGAAAAUGGAGAAUGUACGUACACUGUUAACCAUGAAAGGAGCCACUCUCCUCCUACAAAGGUUUGUGUCCACGAUUUGUCCGAGGAACUCCAGUCAGAAAUUGCACAUGAAGAACUUAAUGACAAAUUGAAUCAACCGUUACCAGAUCAUUCACAGGGAGUCUCAGAGGAGUCAUUGGUUUUGUUGUCUGCAGAAGAACUUCAGAGGCCUACCUCUUUGCAGAUUACAGGAUCUAUCAGUUUUGACUCCAGUUCCUCUUGGGAAGUUCUUAGUGAUAAACUGAUUCAGAAUGAAGGGAGCAUAUCUGAUGAUCAACUGAAACAGAAUGAUGACCUUUCAGCAACUGUUUUGACUGAUCAGAAAAAUGCUGCUGACACAGUUGAUUCAGAAUCAUUUUCUAAAAAAGAAUUUACCAUAAAGAUGUCUCCUGAAUGCAACAAUGAAAUUAAGGACUCACUAGUCAACGAAACAUGGGAUAGUUGUUCUUUGAGCCCAUUAUCUCAGACUUCAGAUGCACAUACAAAUGAACCAACAAAUCUAGUAGAAAACACUGAACCCAUAACUUCAACUUUUCUACAGGAAAAUGCUUCCAAAGAAGAGGAUAUACGUAAAUAUGUUUCGUGUCUACUAGAUGAAGAAAUAUCUAAACUUCCAGAUGGGUAUGAACAUCUAAAACAAUCACCUGUUUUUCAGACAGUACAAGAUACCAGUUGUUUACCCAAGGAUUCUGAUCUCAAAGGUCAAAUGGAAAUAUCUUUGCCCUGCAAAUCUGAAAAUUCAACCCCACCAGUUACAAAAAUUCCUGAGAAUCUUGAUAUUCAUAGUGAAGGUGGAUCUUCAGCUAAAAUGUCACCAAAUUCUUUAAAAGUUUCUGUAAUUCCACACGAUCUUUUCUACUAUCCACAUUACAAUGUUCCCAUAUCAGCAGUUUUGGAAGCUUUUGCUAAGCCUAGUCCUGCCUCUUAUGUUUCUGAAAACAGCAAAAUCUGUGGUGAGCUAUCAAUGAAUUAUUUGCAUGAAGGGGAGCCAUUGGUACUAAACAAUGAAGGAGGCAUUCUGGAGCCAUGUCUGCAAACCAACCUGAGUGUCUCUCCAGCAGAAAUGGAUGUUGAGGACACGGAAGAGGAGAAAGUGGAUCCUGACAGUCCCACUAAGUCCUUCUCUGAAAAAGUACAGGCUGCCCUAACAGGAACGAAUGUAGAACUCAAGGAAGACACCAGCAUAUCCACAAACUCUCAAGAUUCUACAAAUCCAGAAAAUCCUGAGGUCACGGUAGACCAGUUGGAGGAUACAUCGUCAGCAAUGUUGAGAUCAGAAAUAAGCAGUAAAAGGAAGGAAAAAAAGAAAAAUGUGAUCCAAGCAGAAAAUUUUCAGACUUUAGAAACGGGGACUUCACAGUUACCUGAUAAACAAAAAGAAGAAAUCACUGGUUAUCAGGAGUUUUUCAGGGUUAGCUACAGCGACUCCAGUGUUUACCUCCGAAAAAGGAUUCCUAAUCCCACUGAAAAGGAAUACAUUAGUGAAAACAAACAGAAGAACACAGAUGUGAAUGAAAGCACAAAUCUGUUAAUUAUCAGGAAGAAAAAAGACUUAGAGGCUCCAGAGAAUGCUAUUCCACCUUCUGAACCUCCAUGUGUAGAGCAACCCGAGUUAUUUUACUUCAUUGUUUUCCUCUGGGUGCUGGUCUACUGCCUGUUGCUCCUUCCGCAUCUUGUUAGCAACAAACUUUGAUCUCUGUGAGUGUGGGAAUAAUAAAAGACAGUGGCUUGAUUUUUUCAUGUGUAUGCAUAUAAAUCGGUUCCUUCAGGUGAAGCACAGACAAAUAUAGGGCCUGAUUUUAAAGCUGAUACAAAGAUUAGUCUUAACUUACUAUUGUGCUAUUUAUAAUGUUGUAGCACAUUUUAUAUUGUGACAUUGUGUAGAUAUAUAUAUAGAUAUAGAUAUAUAUGAAAAUGGGAUGAUUUAAUAUACAAUUUUUGUACAUUUGUGCCUUGCUUUAUAAAAUGCUAAAUAAAAUGGAUAAUUAUUAGUAGAGACACAGAUGAUUUAGAGCUCCACUCUUCAAAAAUGGUUCUUCAAAAAUUGUUCCUCUGGCUACACUUAUUUACCUAGGGCCAUGUAGCUGUGAAAAAGGGUAAUGUGUGACUUCGUGUCAAAGCUUGGUCAUCCACAUGGGCAGGGCUUGAAAUAAGAUCUUCUCUGUAUUUCCAGUGGAAAUACUUUGGUAGAAGAAGCUUAACCUUCCUCCAUCAAUUAUUCUUCCAUCGUGUGUUUUGUUUUCAAUUGAAAGGACUUUUCAAACACAUGGGAGCAGAUGCUGAUCUCAGUUGCACCUAUAACUUCAUUGACUUCAGUGAAAUUGCAUCAGAAUUACACCAGCGUAACUGAGAUCAGAAUUUGGCCCAUAUUGUUACUGUGUCUGGGCAGAGGAAUUGCAAAUAUAAAUCUUGCUACAUUUAUUAAAAACCUAAAAUGCUACCAAAACAAGAUACUCUGUUGCACACACUUCUCCUGGGAAUAAUAUGAGAGAACAAACAGUACAUGACAGAUGUAUAGUCAUGCAUUACUGGAAGGCACUCAGAAUCUGUGGUGAUGAGCAAGGAAUAAGAAUCUAUAUACAACAGAAAAACUUGCCCCAAGUCUGGAAUGAAGGUGAAGGAGAGCUAAUACAUUUCCAUUAACGAAGUACAAGGAAACAUUAUUCUGAGCCUUGGUACAGGUGAAGUGAUGAUUAUGAAGUUUGUCUUUUCUGCAAGUUUUCCUUUGAAUUCAGAUUUAUUGCUGUCUUCUCAUCUUUUGAUAUUGUACCCUCUAUAUUAGCAAAUUGGCUGUGAAAAAAGAAUGAUCAAGGUAGCUGCUUACCAGAAGAGAUGUAAAGGGAGGAAAGGAGAGCCUGGUAUAGAGACUUUGAUAGAGGAUAUUGAUAGAGGAUAUUUGAUUAUUGACAUUUCUUCUUUUUAUACACUACUGACAAAGAGGCCACACUCUAAAAUAUCUUUCAAGGAUCAUCUCUCUAAAAUAAAUGAUUAAUCAUUCACUCCAAAGCAGAAGGAAAACAUCAGUUUGGAUCUCUUGCCUCUUCUACUGAUUUAUCUACUUCCUUGUCCUUUACCAUUCAGCCUCUGGAUCAGCUGCAUCAAUGAAUUUCACUUAUCAGAUCAUAUAAAGACCCUGCCUUUGAAGACACCAAAAAUAAUAAAAAAAAACCCAGCUUGUCACCUUCUGAGGUGAAAGUGCAACUCAAGAGGAUUACAAGCACUGAGAUCAAUGGGGGAAGAAAUGACUACUGGAGAAAUAGAUCCAGAAAAAUGUCGGCAGUCUAUAUUUCUUCUCUCUGAAAAUCUCGAGUACAUAUGAAGGGACUCCUAUCGCCAGACAAACAACAAAAAUCCUGGCUUGCAUUUGGUCUUAUUCUUUUGAUCAAAACCAGCAUAGAAAUGGGACAGUAAACGUGUGAAGACAUCAGUGAUUCCUUUAUAGCUUAUACUGAGCUUUUUAGCCAGAAUGGGGAUCAGGUAUAAGCUUGUGGUCGCCUACUUGGCAGUAGCAAUAACUUCUACCCAUGGUAUUUCUGGUGUAGUCAUCUGCCACCACAGGCACUUUUGACUUCACGAUGCCCUGAUGAGGACAUGUAAUGCUGCUGGUUCAGUUUGAACAUCCAUACAUCAGACCACAGAGUGCCUCAUAAAAAAAAAAAGAGGUGUUUCAUGGGCUUGCCGUCAACUUUGUUAGAAUAAAAGGUAUUUAUAAUAAGAGGCUGUAUGUUUAAGAUUCCCUUUCAGUAUGCUAUUUUUAGUGCUCAUCUUAAAUAAAAGCUCUUUGGGGACAGGACAUAUAUAUGUACUUGAAUGUUAAGCACUUCAUUUGCAUAUGCUUUGAAGUUGUUAAAGGCUUGCUGCCUGCUGAGUAUUUCCUUAGUUGUACAUUGCACUAAACUAUUGUAUAGGUUCUUGAUAUUAGCUUGUUGUUACCUCUUUCAGUAACACCUCAUCUUGGAGGUGCAAUUAGGAUUAGAGAAUAAUGCUGCAUAGGAUGAUAGUUUAAACACUUGGGGUGAAAUCCUGGCCCAUUUAAGUCAAUAAGAAUAUUGCCACUGAUAUCACUGAAGCCAGCAUUUCACCCUUGGGCUCUUUCCGUCUGUCCAUUAUAAGGAUCUUCUAGUCCUUUGCCAACAUCAGACAAGAGUAGAGAUGGGUCCAAGCCAUAAAUUUGAGAAGCAGAUUCAGAUCUGGACUUCACCCAAAGUUUGAGGGGAAGUAGGUCCAAAGUUUUUGGUUCAGGCCUAUUUCUAGAAGAGAGAUGACAGAAUUGAGAAAAGUCCCCGCAUAACUGGCACUUCUCUGGAGGAACUCUGGGGAUCAUGGAUAAAGUCUCACUGCCUUUGUUAAAAAGAAAAAAAAAAAAGUACCACAAACCAGACAAUGAGCUGAGUACGCUUUUUGUUGAUUGAACAAUUGGACAAUAACUGAUUUUUGUAUUGUGACAUUUACUUCAUGCAGCUAUCCCUGAGGUCUGAUGGGUUAUUUAAUAACUGGUGGCCAAAAGCCUGUGCUGUUGCACGGGUAUGGCAGCUGGGCCAAGUAAUCCGUCAUCUGUGCAGUCUCCCUAUACAACCAAUCAAAUUGUUGGAUGCAAGUUAGCUGUAGUGUAAGGGCAGUGAUUGGUUGAGUCACCUCUGAUAUCACAAUGGACUAGGACUCUGGGCAUGGCAUAGAUACAUGCCUUACUAUAGCUGUAUGCUGAACGGAUGUAAUUUGUGAAGUCAAAAUGGCUGAAUACUUAAAAAAUAGACAGUAAGAGGCCACGAAUUCCAGUGAUGGUUGAAGCUGGUGAUAGUCUGAACAAGAAAAACUCAUAGCCAUGCUUGCAUAUGUUUCCAUCACUUCGCACUGACUCAAAGAUUUUAGGUUUCAGUGACCCACACAAUUACAAUUCUGGAAUCUUCAUAUUUAGAUAAAUAUCUUGUGUUGAACUAGUACCUUUUCUCCCAGAGGAUCCCUUUGCACAAUGAGAAUCACUGCACCCACUUCUGAAGUGCAGCCAACUCUGAGGUAGAGUAUAGCAGCUGUUUAACACACACAGUAACACUAUACAGUAAUUUAGGGCAAAAGACUUCACUUCUCUGUAACAUUUGGUUAAUGCUACAGGGAGACUCCUUCUCUUCAUGACAAAUUCUUGAAUAGGUUAUUUUAUCUUCCAAGACUCUUGAGCGUCAAGAGAAAUCGCUUGGAACUUGGAUAUAAUCUCCUGUUUCCCAAAUAUUCAGAAAGCUGGCAUUGUUAUAACAAAGAAACCAAACAUCCCUCCCCAAAAACCUGAUCUUACCUAGAGGAGCUCAUUGGAUGUCUCAAGGAAAUAAACAAUGUCAUCCAUAAAGAUCAUUAUGAUAACUCAGAAACUAUAUAACACAGCUUAAUGCCAGUAGUGUCUGUUUUCAUAGUGGUAGCCGUGUUAGUCUGUAUAAGCAAAAACAACAAGGAGUUCUUGUGGCACCUUAGAGACUAACAUAUUUAUUUGGGCAUAAGCUUUCAUCCUUGCCAGGAAAUACAUGGCCACAAGGACAGCUAUAUUAUUUUCCAUUCCAUCCUACUGAUUGAUAUCUACUCAAGCAACAGAUCAUGCAGAUUAAACCUCAUAUAGUCUGCAGCUCUUGUCUUAAACAUCAUACAGUUAAUAACAGAUCAUUCAGAUUAAACAAUGCUAUCAAAGCUAUCCCAUGAACAGAGGUGGGGCUUGGGUUUUGUCCCUUUGUGUUAAUAGGAUGUGUACAGUUCUAGAUGGACCCAGGAUUUAUUGAGCUGUUUUCACUGCUACAAAAUUAUUCAGCGGUUAAAUAAGGGGACCGAGGGUAAAGAACAAAAGGUGAUUCUUACUGGUGUGAUUAACCUCUGAUGAACUCCUUAAGGAACUCCUUAUCUGACCGAUCAGUCCUCAUCCUCAAAGGAACUCUGCACAACACUUUUGAAAGAUGAGCCUGGGAGCUUAAGUUCAUAACUUUGCUAGACACUAAAAAUCAUGGUCUUAAUAGGGACACUGGAUUUAUGGCUUAUUAUAUAGAACAAUCUGUAACCCACUAACCCCCCUUUUUGUCCUAAAACUACAGGGGUGUUAACAGGACAAUUCAGCUUGAAGGGCCUCCUAUGUGCUAACUACUUAUGCUAAACCAUCUGUUCAAUCUUGUAUUUAGCUGUGACACUGUUAGUACCUUUCCCCAACCUGAAGAAGAGCUGUGUGUAGCUUGAAAGCUUGUCUCUCUCACCAACAGAAGUUGGUCCAAUAAAAGAUAUGACCUCACCCACCUUAAGGAACACUCAGUCUAUUGGAAUAUUCAGCACUGGACACAAAUACACCCAUUUAAGCACUCAAGCCCUUCAUUCCACAUGCAGCAUACUUAAAAUAUACCAAGGCAUUUUACCUGUAAUUAGAUGUUGUGUACUCUAUUGGUAUGUUGCAAACUGGGAGCCUGAUCUUGAAGUCUUUACUUUGGAAAAACUCCCAUUUAAGUUCAUGAGAGUUUUGCCUGAAGAAUGCAGGACUAGCCAGGGGUAUCUGAUGUUUUAAUACCUGGUGGGCAAUGUCAGCAGCAGUAAGAAUGUAGCUUGGCAGAAAUGAGGAGAGAUUAAAAGUGGGUGAUUAAAGCAGAGGACUAGGAUUCUUCAAUUCUGUUCCUAGCUGUGUAACAUGGAUCUAGUCACUGACGCCAAAGUUGUCAAUCUGAGUGUCUAAAGUUAGACACACAAAUCCAUAUUUAGGCACUUAACUAAGCCCUGAUUCAGGGAACCAUUUAAGCAUACGCUUAAACCUAGGCAUGUACUUACUUAAGUGCCCUUCCUGAACAGGGAUGUGUUCCUGAACUGGGGCCUCAGAUUUUGACUCAUGGAUGCCUAAAUCAUUUUUGAAAAUGACAUGUAGGCUCUAAAUCAAUUAGGCAUUGUGACGCUGAGUGCAGCAAUGCCUAAUUACCUUUAAUAAUCUGGGCCUAUAUAAAAAAGGUUUUGAUAUUUAAGGAGGAAAUUUCAUACAAAUUAUCUGGCAGAUUCUUACUCCAUUUUCAGCUGCAAAAUUAGGCAUACACAUUAUCAAACUGAAAAUUAAUUCACCCCUUACCAAAUAGAUAAUAAUGGGUCAGCACCAUGGGUGUGACGCAUACAAGUUUCAUUUGUGUAGCCUUAAAAAAUACAGUCCCAUUUUAAAUACCAUCAAUAUUUUUGAUGGAUUGAGCUCUAAAACUUGUUUUUAGUGGAAUUUCUACAGUGUAAUUGAAGUGUCUACAGAAUCUUAUUGAAAGCUUAAAAAUUCAGCUAAGAAAAACUGUUUUAAAGAUGAAAUAUUAUUUUGUAUCACAGUGAUUUAUUUUAUCUAUAUUUGAAAGCUGUAAAAACAUUUUAAGAGUAUCUGUAUAAUUGUAUGAAUGUUAUACUUAUUAAUAAUUGUAAAUCAUGAGAAAAUUAAUAUUAAAAAAGUAAUGCAAUUUCAUGCAUAAUUUACAGACAUGACAAAAUAACUGCAAAUAUGAGUCAGGUGAGUCAAUGAAUAGUAGUCUUGAAAAAUAUGGUGAAUGAGCAUAUAAAACUGUAUACAAUACAAUCUUUAAAACAGAUGCUUUACAGUUUUUGUUUUGUGGUAAAACUUGUUGUUAAGGUUGCAAAAUAGGCUAAGUGAUGACCCACUUUUCUUCACUGCAUCCUUAGCUUUUUAAAAUAAUCAUUUUGGGGGCUGAAAUUUUCCAUGCAUUGCUCAAAACACUGCUCUCCUCUAAAGAAAUGUAAAUCCGGAAUAACUCUAUUGAUGUCAAUGAAUUUAUUCUGAUUUUAUACAGAUGUACAGUGCCCCAUUGAUUUCAGUGGGACUUCACGUAGGUGCAGGAGUUCACCUGCACUGAUCCAAUUGCAGGACGAGGACCUUAAAGAAAUGGGGGUCUUUUAUAAGUGAGCACUUAGCAAUGUAAUCUAAUAGUCGAUUAAUCUGUGACAGCUUUAAGGAUUUAGGGCUAAAUCCUGCCAAGGCAUUGAAUGUGUCCUAUGAGAUCUUCCAUUGAAGUCAAUAGGACAUGUUGGCACUCAGCAGCUUGCAAGAUCAGAACUUUAUGGUGGCUUUAAAUCAAUUUUAAGUACAUAUACCAUAAUGCAGAGUAAGAGCACCUGCCACUUUAAGAGCCAGCUCACUUAGGUCCUUAUUCACUUAAUAGUCUCAUUCAGUUCAGUGAGUCUCCCGGUGUGAACAAGAUGAUUUAUUUGCAUGAAUAAGCGUUGCAGGAUCAGAACCUUAGUCUUUCAAGCAAGUUAAUGAAGACUUUUUACCUCUUCUCUCCCCCCCGCCCCCCAACCACAAGAGAA